AUGGCUGGACGACAGAGAAGAGUUUCUAUCAGAUCGGUUAACGUGACUGUCGAAAUGGCGUAAGUGAUUUGAAGUAGAUGUUACUAAACUUCAAACUGCCGUGGUUUGUACUUAAACUGCCUUAUGAAGGUGAAACAAUCUUAGGCCACGGCCUAAUUUGAGCCUUCUGGCGACGAUCUUUCGCAGGAAAAGGAAACGUCGUAGUAUUUUCAAUCACAUCCAGGUAGUUCAGACUCAAACCACGGUAGUUUGGUGUAGACUAUAGAAUACUAGGGACUUUAAGAUUUACGUUCACGGCAAUCUUCAAAUCGCAUGCGAAAGUAAGGCCCACAAUUUCGAUAGCUGAAAGUAGCUAAAUCAUGCGCAAGUUCCCCUAUAAACUUCGAACAGCUAACAGUUGACCUCAAAUAACGAUUUGCUGUUUGCGGUCAGGCGUACUGGACCAGCACGUAUUUAAACUAGUAAUAAGGAGCUUAAGAUGCACCAAAUCUGCGACGCGGACUAAAAAACAGCCGGUAAUAAUUGGAGACUAGUUUUACUUUGUUUUUCUCGUGUUCCUGGCUUUGUUUACCAACAACAAUCCAUAGUUUUUACCCGUGAAGUGAAACUGUGAUGAUAGUGGCAGUUUCUUGUCACGUUCGCGUCGUAGAUUUGGUGUAUCUUAAGCUCCCUAAUGUUUAAGUAAUGCCUAACCUAAGCAUGAUAUUUUGGUCUUGGAACUUAGAACGCCCUACCAUUCGCACAAUAAAGUCGUUUUCAUUCGGUUGUAACUGUCGUGACAAACUCGUGAAAUAGUUUAGAUCUGUUUGUUUUUACUGAAAAUUUAAUAGUAAAUACAUUGGGACAUCAAAACUGCGCACCCGAGAUCUCGGCUGCGCAUUGCAAACUUUCCAGACUGGCAAGUCAGUCUUUAGUGACUGUAAACUGAUAUAUCGAGACUUGAUUACAUCAGCCAAUUUGAUAUAUUCUCGACAGUUACGACGAAAUGGGAACCAGGCGUUGGUGUGUAGUCAAACAAUGGACUUAAGACCACAAGUACUCGUUUUCGCGAAGCUUAGCACGUUAAAUCGGACGAAUGGUGGGCGUGAGAAUGGAGGGUACGAACCGGAGAGAAUCGCGCCCACGCCUGGCGUGAUCUUUUGUGCGUAGUUUGCGCAUUUCCAUCCGUAUGGGGAAUUUGCAUCAUUCACGCAUAGAACUGUAUUGCGCGCAUAAAUAUUUAUGUGCCGCAAGUUCACAACGCCAGCAGUAUGACAAAGCUAGCAAAAUUGCGCACUUCUAAAUUUUUGCUAAUUUACAUAAUACGCGUCCAAGAUGACAAAUUUACAUAAUAUGCAUGACUUGUUGAUUUGAACACAUUGCGUGUUUACACGAUCGGAUGUAAUCGUGACGGUAGUGUUUUGUGUUGUAUUGUGUGUCAUGCGAUUCAAUCAAUGUGUCUUUCCUGUUUGGGAUAAGGGGUUUUAUUUUUUUCGUACUGCAAGCUUUCCUGUUUGGGGAUUGCCUAUUAUAUAUUAUACACACCUGUCAUGCCGCCUAGUUGAACCACAGCCUGCCAAAGCAGUCUAAGCAAGCAAAGGUCAUAGAUAAGGAAUGAUAGUUAUUAAAAGUAUCAACCAAACUAAGCUAUAUUUACAUUGAUUGCAAGUUUUCUUUUGGCACCGUGCCGCAAAACAAAUUAAUUUCACCGAAGGAAGCGAGUUUAGAAAACGCACGCACUGAACUGAUUUUAAAUUUGAUAAGUAACAGAUGCAAAAUACAUCCUUGUUUCACCUGAAUUAGAUGUGCUAUAUACAUCUAAGACAUAUAUAGCACGGCAAAAUAGACUCGGCUAACUCAUUAAAGGACUUAAAGGUCACAGCGCGUUUUUCUACUCCUCACCCGAAACAAGUAGCAGCUCUCUACGAGCGCCUGUACAUCUUAUUACAAGUGUCCCAAUCGGUGGAGAUUUUUCCAACAAACGAUUGGGUUUAUGUACUUCAGUAAUGCAUAUUUUUGGUGAAAAUUUUUAUCUUGAACAUUUAUGAACACUGGGGAAAAAAUGUGAAAUCCAUACUAUGAGAUUUGCAAUUGCACCACUAAAUCCAUAGUAUAUCCAUACUAUUUCGAUACUAUAUUCAUAGUGUAGAAAUAUACAAUUAUUAUGGAUAACCAAAAUUCCAUUCUAUUUCCAAUAAAGGUCCAUACAAUCUCCAAUCUAUGGAUUUUAAUUAAAUUGUUUUUCCAGUGGAACACUGAUCUAAAAUAGUCUUAAUCUCAUCCCCUACUUAUUUUUGGCGAUGUAAGUGUUCGUGUGCGUGAUUGGAAUAUUUGAAAUGCGUCAGAGCAAUUGUUUUUCCAUGCUGUCGCUAUUAAUAUCAUCACAAGACCUACAAUUGUUUAUUUACGCUAGGAUUAUAAUAUAUUUGUAUUUUCUUAGAAUGCGAGAUAUCUCGGCUUAUUGAGAUUUGAUGAGAUGUAUAUUAUUGCAUAUUAUGAGCGAUAUUGUCAUGUUUGUCGACGUUGUAGCGUGCGUCUUUUGCGUCAGAACGCGUGUUGAAGAAGCAUUAAACUUCUUAUGCUGAUUGAAGGAUCAUGCUGCGCUUUAAAUGAUAUUCUCCAUUGCACGGUUCGACUUGUUUUGUCGCAGAGAUACUGAGAUAAUCUUAUCUAUUUCUCCUUAAAUAGCGCUCGCCAAGUAAUCAUUUACUUGUGGUUAGUUUUACUUGAACUUGUGGUAAAAUCUUGAUAUUUACGCGCAACAAAAUUAGUCUUUGAAGAAUAUAGGUCAACUUUACACUAAUGGAUUUCAAUCUUAUGCCCCAAAGUACUUUGGUAUUUUGGGUUUUUACAUCUCACAAGAGGGCUGUCGCAUUCUCACAGCGUAUAAGACACCCUUAUAUGUACUGCGACCAAUACGCAUUCGACAUAAUUGGAGAGAUAUCAUUACUGUCAUGAUUUGUCUUAAAUAUUGUAGAAAAUUAAAUAAAACUUGACAGGCUCAAGUGUAUUCUUACGAUAUGAACAUUUGAAUCUGAUAAGGAAUGCAUAUAUCACUAAUAUCAGACAAGUCAAUCAAAGGCCUUACGCAUCUCUCUACUUGAGGGCAGACCACUUGGGGAGCGUCAGUCACCUAUUAGUAGAAAUUUAAUACUACAGAAAUUCACAAUGUGCUUGGACGCUUGCAUGUGCUUGGCUAGCAUGUGCUUUGACCGACGAUUUGUCGUUGGACGAUUUGUCGUUAUACAAGUAGUAUUUUUUCCCCAAGAGAAUAUAUUCGCACAAUGAAAUACGGGGUUUUUAAUCUACUAGGGGAGUUCGGGGCAAUUUUUAGAAUUUAAACCCAUAAAUCCAACUGAAACAGUCUUCAUUCUCAAUCUUCCACAUUGUCGGCCUUUCAAUGCUGUUAUAAUUUUCCUGACUAUCAGCCUAAGUUGCCUAGAAAUUUACAUGAAAUUUAAUACUCAAGAACGAUAUUGGAACGAAUAUAUAGGCCCUGUGUGCUUGAGAGUCUAAACAUAUGGACUUUGAUUAUUUAGACUUUGAUCUGAUAAGGCAUGCAGCACAGAACCUUUGAUCUAAUAAGGUAUGCAGCACAUAACCAGUUCGUGUUAGAAGAUGCAAUAGUGGAAAUUUAAGAUCAAAUUUAUGUGGUGUACAUGUGAUAUGAUCACGUGCGUUUUACAUAAGUAUUAUACUUACACCUAAUUAGACACUUAGCCUUUUAUAUAGACUGUUUAUUUUGAUUUCAGAACAAUCCUCAGGAGAUUCAUGAAUAUGAAACUAGACUAUUUAUGUUUUACAACAAUUGCCGUGAUAUUACUUUCUUAACUGUGUUUAUCCUAAGUCCUAACCCACCCUGUCGACUUUCCCUGUGCGAGGAAAUCAGAGCGCCCGCGGGAAAAAAUCCACGAAAUUCAAAGAAAUUCAAAAUCUGCUGAAUAGGCUAUAGUAACUGAAGAUUUGAAUUGUAUUGCAAUAUUUAUCUGGUCGAUCAAAGGCUCGCCGAAAUGUUUAUCUACUUGACACUCAGAGAGGCUCACUCAAUCGCCUAGCAGUGGAAAUUUCCCAGAGAAAAAAUUCACGAUAUGUUUGAUAGCCUGAACUGCCUAACUUUAUACAGACUUCAAUCUGUUAAGCAAUCGGAUAUAAACCAGAAAAACUCACAAUUUUAUUCGCUCAACAGUCCAAACCGACUAAUAAUCUUACUUAUUUUAUUUUAGUUAGAAAGUAUUUGCGCAUGAUACUUCUAGGAAUAAUGGAAUACGUUCAACGUAAAACAAGGACGUGUGUUAUUAAAACCAUAGCGUAGCAUCUGUUAUUAAUCGAAGCAUCUGCUUCUUAUCCAAAUUAGUAUGUGCAUUCUGUACACCUUCUACCCUUUGCCGAAUAAAAAAUGAAAUAAAAUUAAAGGUUGUGCAUUUUCGUUGAAUGGUCAGUUUAGAAACGUCCGCGCUAAUGUCUGAGCGAAAAUUGGUUUGACUAAUUUUGGCGGCAUUUUGCUGGCUCGUGUAAGGAAGCGAAAAUCUUUAAAAAUUUUACAUUUUGGCAUAUGUGCUGAAGAUUGUAUCUGUAUGAUGCACUUGAUUAAGAUCAGUGCGUAGCAGUGCUUAACCCGAGGUAGUCUUGGGAUCCGAAUUUUUAAGAAUCAUAAGAAUUCGUAAGAAUUUUUAUGAUCUCAUCAUUUUCUUCAUAUUCGACAAAAAUUUUCGAAAUUUUUGGAAGCUCUUAGAAUUGUAAUGUAAUAUUGCCUCAUGUAUUGCAUAGAAUACGUAAUUGUGAAACUUCCAAAUUUGGGCAUGCUUUUAAAUUUUAAUAUAUACUCCCACCCUUUUUCAGAGACUACAGACUGCUAGACUACUGUCAUAAAACAGCCGUACGGAUGUAUUUGAUUUGAACGCACUGUAUCAAUUAAGUAAUUAUAUAGGUCAUGCUCUAUUACCACAUGAAACCCGACUAAUUCCGAUAUUCUCAAUAUGGGGUAUGUCUGUCCCUAUGGCAUUCAGUCGAUGUUCUACAAAUUUACAAGAGAUUGCGGCUAUUAAACGUCAAUGUAAUUCAUUUCAACAUUUAAAAUUGAUUUUGGAUUCUCACUUUGAAUAAUCGAGAACAUUCUUUAUGCCUGGUUUACACUAUGGGCGUUUCUGUGAUCACAGUAGGAAUUUUGCAUCGGGAAAUUCUAAGUUUUGAAGGAUUUGUAAUUAGUUUGCUCAAAGACAUAUCCUUCAAGACGUCAGUGUUGAUGAUGCCAAAAUUCCAACUGUGAUCACAGAACUUCAGUGUUAUUCGCCUAUGAGCCAUUAGAAUGCCUUUCUAGUUUACAUUUUUCAAUCAAAUUUUGGGGGCAUAGCUACCUUCCAUCUUUAAUGGGUGAUUCCAUCUAUAGACGAAAUUUUGAUCUAGACAAGAAGAACGAAAGCCAUUACCAUGGCUGGAAAGAGCUUCUUAAAAUGAUUAAAAUUGCAAAGUUUGGUUGCGAAUUGUUGUAAAAUAAGGAAAAUAUAGCCCUGUGAAGUUUGCAAAUUUUGUUCUGAUAUAUUUUUUUACGCGCGGGAAAAAUUUUUGAGCCGAAAGUGGUUAUUCUUACAGCGCGUAAUACAAAUAAAAACAAAAUUUACAAACUUCACAGGGCUGUAUUUUCUUCAUCUUACAACAUUUAGCAACCAAUCUUUGCAGUUUUACUCAUUCUAAGAUGCUCUUUCUAGCUGUGGUGUUGGAUAUGAUUUCAUUCUUCUUGCCUUGAUCAAAAUUUAGUCUUUUGCUGAAAUCACCCAUUAGUGACCAUUAGUAGCCUUGCCUCGUUCUCAUUUGCAAGAAUUGUGGUAUAGCUUUCGACCUUUCGUUCAUUUAUUUAUUUAUUUAGAAAAGAUAAAGCUUACAAGCAACUGUACUCAGAGCUGGUCUCGUGGAUCCGAAAAGCAACUGCUAAAGCUGAGGUGACUGGAGCUCUAUCACACGAAGAAGGUAGGUCGGCUUGUUUAUCUAUAUUGGAUGGCUUGAUCAGUUUUCCACUGAUUUCCCUAGAGGGCCAGUAAGGACGACCUCAUUGGCCCAGUUUUACUACAGGGGGUGACCGCAGUACCCAAAUAAAACCUGCAAUGUUUGGUAGAGUCAAAAUGGAAGCUCUCUUCUCUAUGCGACUGAGGUAAAAUUAUAAUCAUAUUGGAACAGCCGUUCAAACUGCACAUUGGAAUAGUCAAACCCAGUUGACAUAUGUGCUAACCAUCAUUUUUGAAAAAAUUACCAAUGGAAAUUGUAUGGACCUUCAUUGGAAGUAGAAUGGAUUUUGAUUAUCCAUAAUAAUUGUAUAUUUCCAUACUACGGAUACAGUAUCGAAAUAGUAUGGAUAUACUAUGGAUUUAGUGGUACAAUUGCAAAUCUCAUAGUAUGGAUUUCGCAUUUUUUCCCCAGUGUAUACCACGAAAUUAUAAAAUAAAUAAUUUUUUUGUCACCCAGGUGCCUUCGAAAUUCACUGUGAAGGAAGAGUGAUAUUUUCCAAAUUAGCAAGACACGGGUUUCCUGUAUUAAACGAAGUAAGUACUUUGCAUGUCUAUUUUGGUUUUAUGCAAUUGUCAUAUAUACAUGCAACUAGAAAUAUCAUCUAUAUCAAUAAAAACUUGUCAAUUGAAAGUACGGACAAAUGUCUGUAGUACAAUCUUGAGAGGUCUGUGCCAGUGUACAGGUCGUGCGAAUGAUAAAAAAAGCUUCGGAUUGAUAGGGAUACAACUAGAACUGUGCGGUUAUGUUCUUCCGGUACUUUUUUUAGCACCGAAAAAUUAUGCGCAAAAGAACCGGUAGUUUCGGUUUUAAUUUCCACGCCCGCCAAACGCCCACCUGAUUGCAAGCUGAAAGGUUUGGAAAAUAACAAGAUUGUGCUCUUUGUGCACAAUAUGCACUGUACUAAGUGCUCUAAUAGUUGAUGUUUUACUUGUGAUAGUUACCGCUGUGCAUUUUCUUUAAUAUUUUUUUUUAAGAAGAAAUAUUUCAUGUUCAUAAAUAAAUUCCGAUUGUUCUUUUAAAAUAUUCAGAGAUUUAUACAAAUUUACAAAGGCAUAAAUUCAUCUAUUUAGUAAAAAUGCUCGAAACAUACAUAAAUGAGUUCAUACAUUUGUACUGUUCUACUUUUUUGGAAAUAACCGAAACCGAACCGAACCGAGGUUUUUCUGUUCCAAAAAACCCGGAACCGGGACCGAGAUAAAAUUUUUGGAACCGCACAGCUCUAGAUACAACUACCUGAAAAAUACAAGGAGAACUUCGACGUUUCGAGCGAAGGCCAUUCGUUGGGAAGUUAGUAAGGCCACAUAAAAAAAAUUACUUGUUUAGCGUCCCCGCCCGACCUGAUAAAAGUCCCCGACCUCCAAUUUUUUAAUUUUUUUUUUUAAAUCCGUCCGAGUUUAGUGCAAAAACUGCCUAUAAAAAAGACCGUUUUACUUGAAAAAAUGGUGAUUUUAUUCUUCUGGGAGCUAUGUAAUACGUUUACACAAAGUUUCCUUCCCAGAAUAUGCCUGUUCGCAGCUAAAGUGUUCGCGCGUGACCGCCAAACGGUAAUUUUCUGUUUAUUAAAAACAUGAACGGUAAUAAAAAACAUGAACGGAUUUUGAAAGAAUUAAAGUGAGUUUUGACUGUGAUAAUAUACUGGAUUUCCUGCAUUUAGCAGAAUUUUGUGUUGCAUUUUACGAAAAAAAAAACAACCCCGCCCGCCCGACCUAGAAAAAUUAAAAUGGGUGGACGCUAAACAAGUAAAUUUUUUUUAUGUGACCUAAAGGUUCUCCUUGUAUUUUUCAAGUAGUUGCAUCCAUAUGUAUCCGAUGAAAACACAGAUCAGUGUUUCACUGUGAAUAUUUCCAACAGGUCGCCCAAGUUGUACGUUGCAUCAGCGAAAGCAAGCCGUGGGAGGAGAUCACGAAAAUCAACCGCGCUAAAUGUCGCUGCGGUCACGAGGAUUGCAUGUGUGGUAUCAGCAUCAUGGUUACCAAGGCGACGUGCCCGUGUGAAUGUGACGGUGAAUGUCCUGGCGCUUGA